AUGCCUUCCUUGAGCGGAAAAGUGCAGACUGUCCUGGGCCCUGUGGAGCCAGACUGUCUUGGCUACACGUUGACUCAUGAACACUUGACUAUGAACUACAGCAGCUGCUUUUGUCCGCCUUCUCCAGGCCAAGAACCUUUGUCUAAUGGGCCCAUUGAGAUGAAGAACUUGUUUUGGAUUAAGCAAAAUCCUUACAGCCAUAAAGAAAACCUUCUUUUGUAUCAGGAAACAGAUGCUGUGAGGGAGGAGCUGCUGCAUUUUAAAGCAGCGGGUGGUGGGACGAUUGUGGAAAACACAACUACAGGAAUUGGCCGGGAUAUGAAUACUUUGAAGAAACUAGCUGAAGAAACUGGAGUUCAUAUUAUUGCUGGUGCUGGGUUUUACGUGGAUUCCACUCACUCUUCUCAAACACAGGCCAUGACAGUGGAGCAGCUGACAGAGAUUAUUGUUGAUGAGGUACUCAAAGGAGCAGAUGGGACUAAUAUCAAGUGUGGUGUGGUGGGAGAAAUAGGUUGCUCCUGGCCUUUGACUCCGAGUGAGCACAGAGUGCUUCAGGCAACAGCACAGGCUCAGGCACAGCUUGGGUGCCCUGUUAUCAUCCAUCCUGGCAGGAACAGCGACUCCCCUUUCCAGAUUCUGCGCAUUCUGCAGGAAGCUGGGGCUGAUGCUUCAAAGACAGUCAUGUCUCACCUCGACAGGACCAUAUUUGAUAAAAAGAAACUUCUCGAAUUUGCUAAACUUGGAUGUUACUUAGAGUAUGACUUAUUUGGUACAGAAUUCCUUCAUUACCAGUUCCAUCCAGAUAUUGACAUGCCGAGCGACAACGAAAGAAUUGCAAGGAUUCGUAUGCUGAUUGAUGAAGGCUAUGAAGACAGAAUUCUGAUGGCUCAUGAUGUGCACACCAAGAACAGGUUGUUGAAAUAUGGAGGUCAUGGAUAUUCACAUAUCUUUAAAAAUAUAGUUCCUAAAAUGCUAAUUAGAGGCAUAUCCCAAGAUAAAAUUGAUAAAAUACUCCUAGCAAAUCCAAAGCGGUGGUUGACUUUUAAGUAGGAAUAAUGAAUAAAUAUACAUGAUUUAUAAGGAAGCUUGAUAAAAUUCAGAUUUCAGUAGAGCAGACGUUAAAAAAAAUUCAAAAAAACUGAAAAUUAUUAAGUAGAUGCAAAUAAACUGAUAACUUUUCUUUUUAAUUAGAAUGUCAAAAUUGUGUACUGUCUCUACAUUUUCUCCCUUCUGAAAGUUUGCUAAUUUACUGAAUAUGAGCCUACCUACGGAAUCUUUUCAAUUGAAAUUUUAAAAUAAUUGUUUCAAAACCAUAAUCUAAUACUGUUACUUAAUGUU